AUGGUCUUCAAGGUUGGCAAUGUCGAGGUGUUGCUCAUGCCCGCGACGCCUCUCGACCACCCCCUGGCUCAUUACGAUGGAUUGAAUCCUGGCAAGACGUUGCUGAAGCGCGGGCACAAGUCCGACCCGGAGCGCGCCGCCUUCCAGGCCGACACCAUCCUGGAAAGCGAUGUAGAGGUUCGGAUGCGCGAUGGCGUUGUGUUGCGCGCCGACAUCUACCGUCCGGCCGCAAGUGAAACCCUCACUCCCACCAGCACCCCUCUGCCAUCAAAUGCUAAUCAAUCGUCUCUCGCUGCAGCUCAAGUGCACCGCAGAUAUACGGCCAUGCAUGAAUUGUCAGCUCUACGGCGCCGAGUGUGUCUCGAUGCCCACCAACAAGCUCGGUGGCACGAGGCGUAG